AUGCCCAGCCAACCCGGCCUCGCCGCCAAAUCCCUGAGGAAGACGAAUGUCCCAUCUGUGGCGAGGAGCUUCCUCCCCAAGGCCCUGACAACGACGAUUCGGACCGCACCCAGCACAUUGAAGAAUGUAUCGCCCUACACUCCGCUUCUCCAGGCCCAACAGCUGCACUCACGCCGCAAACAUCUGCCAGCCUACCCACUCAACGCACCCGCGGUAAUGGUGAAGGCGCCAGUAACGCAAAUCGAAUGA